CUUUGAAGAAUCUUUAUUUUGUGUAAUUUGCAUAUUUUUAAUUUGUAGUUUCAUAGUUUUGAAAACUUGCUUUUAUUCUAAAAUGGCACAUAGUACUAAAUAGUAGUACCAAAUAAUUAUGUGUUCAAAAAAUGUGACUGGUUAUCCAUUUGGCAAAACCUAGGAGAGCAAAGAAAUGGCCACAAAACACUACAAAAGAUAGUGAGUACAAUAGUGGAACAGGACCUAUCAAUCAUGUGGAAAUAGAAUGGAAUAUUUCAGGAUUAAGCAUCUGGCAGGGGUGCCUGGAACACAGACAGAGUGAGCAGCUGUCCAACUAAUCAACAAAGCCUUUAUAAUUCCCUCAUUACCCAUAAUGCAAUGCAAAGAGAGAGAGUCUGCAGUUAUAAAACUUCUCAUUGAAAUGCUCAGCAUAUCUCAACUUCCGCUGAUUCCUUGAUUUGGCCUUCUUCUAUGCCAUAAUAUGUUUUCCAUUCUUCAUUUCAAAUUGUAUAUCUAUAUGUGUGUUAAUUAAAAGGAUUUUCUUACCUAAAGCUUUAUGCUCACCAGCUUAUCAAAAUAGUUCACCAUGACCACCAGAGCCAAACAAAAUCCCUAACAGGAAGAACAGACACUGUUAUAUUUAGAACGCCACUCAGGUCUGACAGAUUUCUUGACUGAAGGGUCAAAACAGGGAGACCAGAGAACACAAACACACUCACAAAGUGUCUAGGCACAUAAAUCAUCUGUAUAUGUAAUUAAAUGCACUAAUAAACCCAUCAGGUGUAAAGUAGUUUAUCAUAAAUCGUAUUUAUAGAUUUUGCAGUGGUGGAAGAGAGUAUGAUCCUGCAAAAGACCUUAAAGCAUGCAAUGAAGUGGAGUCUGGUUUUGUUGACGAAAUAUAAAAAGUGCAGCAUAGUUAAUGCAUCUAAUUUAGACCACUGCAGUUGUAUGGUGAGUUUAAAUAUAUAUCUGCUGAUGCACAACGAUGCAGAGUGUAACGACAUGCCAAGAUCCCUAAAAGGCCAAUUACUCAUUUUAAAGCAAUUGGGGUUGUAAGGUGAGCACAGGAUUUGGCAGUACAAACAGUGUCUACAAAAUCACUUCAAGUAGAAGAAUCAAGUAGCGCAAAAACAUGCCCCCAUAUGAUUCAUCAUGACCCUUUUGCAGUUGCACUUGAGUGAUAGUGAAUUCACAUUCGAGUUACCAAUUACCUCGAUAGAGGUUUCUCCACUGUCUAGCAUUUGCAAUAUAAUACAUCUAGUAUUGUAUUGCAAAAGCUAGACAGUGGAGAAACCAUAAACAGAGGGUGUAAGAAUGAUACGAGAAGCUCUAUCAUAAUCACCCCCCACUCUUAUACUUAAUACCCCCUCUGCAACCUGGCCUGAUGCUGCCCUAUCCCAGCUUUGAGCCAGUAGCUAUUCAGGGAGAAUGAAGGGCACGAUGGUCACGAGGGUGGGAUGUGUCCUUUUCGCUUUGGAUCACGGUCUAUGAAUCAACCUCACUUAUCAGUAAUCUAGCCAACAUAAGUCAAUCUCUGUGGUCUUCUGUUAGUCACACUCAUACACUAUAAACAAACUUUAUUUCUUUGUCUAUUUCUUCUUUGUGCCAUCCCUGACUUUGUCUGAACAAUCUCCCUACGGUUCUCAUAGGCGGGAUUCUCACUCUAUCAAUCCUCUCUCUUUCUCUUUUUGGCUAGACUGUGUCCUGACUGUCCCUCUGAUAAACUCUGAGUUUCUAUUCCUGUCACCUUGGUGAGAUAUGGCUUCUGGUGGCGACAGACAGAAAUCCACAGUGCUGACUAACUCCUUUAUUUAUCAAGGGAUGACUUCAGAUCUGCAUAUCAUAAUAAACCCCCGGCAUGAUCUCUCCCGCUCUCGAUGUUCCCAUCUAACUAAAGGGAAAGGGCAACUAGCUUGAGGUUGUGUUUACCCCCUGUGGCCCCAAAAUGUCUGCCCAUCCAUUUUCCCCUCCCUUUCAGAGAUCUGGUAGAAAACACAUGCCUAUCUUGUUGAGGCAAGAGGUUUGGAGGCUGCCCACUGGGUGGAGGAGCAAUGGUUGACCCUCCCCUUCGCAAGUUUACGCAUUUGAUGCCUGCAGAAGUCAUGGACCACAUCCCAACAGACGCGGCUGGUGUACUGACCUUUUCUUCCUUCUGUUUUCUUUCAUUUUGAUGACUUUUGCAGGAGCAAGACGACCUAGCCACCUCUGCCUCUUUACCUUCCCUUCUUGCUUUAACUUACUUUUCAAUCCUAACUCACCUGUUCCUGACCCUGGUCUUCCUUCUCUCUCUCCCUUCCUCUCCUAGUGAUGAAUUAUUACCUGAUGCUCAGCAGCAGUCACGGAGAAGGUGUUCUGUCUCGGUACCAGAGCUUGCGUCUGGAGGGUCGAAUGUGUGAUGUUGUUUUGGAGGCGGAAGGUGUGGAGUUUCCUGCUCAUCGCACUUUACUAGCCUGUUCCAGUGACUACUUCUGGUCCAUGUUCCAAGACUACACUCUGGAAUCCGGUAGCCACACUAUCAGCUUGCCAGCCCUGUCAUCUCUGGGCCUUGAGCAGAUACUGGACUUCAUCUACACCUCAUGGAUCUCACUGUCACCCUCCACUUUGGAGGUCACACUGCAGGCUGCUUGCUAUCUACAGAUCACCCAUGCUGUAGAUCUUUGCACUCAUUACAUCUCAGAAAGCAUUGCUCCUGACAAUUGCUGCUUCUUUGCUAACAUAGCAGCAUGCUAUGGCCUUUCUGAAGCAUUCAAUGACAGCAACUUUUUCAUUGCCAGAAAUAUGUGCAGAAUACUUGCAACUGAAGAAUACAAGGCUGAGCUAAUGGAGUUAAACCUUGAUUCUCUGCAAGAGGUGCUUGUAGCUGAGGAGAUGCCAGGAGUCAAGGAGACAGAACUUCUACAGCUGGUUUUGGACUGGCUAGAGUGCAACCCGCAAUCUGCCCUGCAAAGUAAUGCAUUGCUCAGUCGAAUCCGAUUUGGUUUGGUGCCACCUGAAGAGCUGUCUCGACUUAGUGCACUUAAACCUGCUCUACGUACACCUUUCAUCCACAGUGUAGUGCAGAAAGCACUUAACUACCACCUUCAGGGUUCCCUACAACCUCUACUACAAAGUGUCCACACCAGCCUAAGAGCCACGAACAAGAUUCUUCUGGUAGGGGGAGGACCAGAAGCAAACAGACCCCAGAAUCAGAUCCUAACCUACGAACCUCACAGCAAGAAAUUUCAGCCACUUUCAGCAUCCUUACCGAAUAAGAUACAGCACCAGGGAGUAUGCGUUGUUGGGAACUUCUUAUUUGUACUAGGUGGUGAGGUGGUGCAGGUGGAUGAGGAGAAUGAGAAGAGUGCUGUGAUGACUGUCACUGACCAGGUGUGGCGCUAUGACCCACGGUUUGAGCAGUGGGAGGAGAUGGAACCACUCUUGCAGAAGAGGGCACAGUUUGCCUGCUGUGUUAUAGAAGGUGUUAUUUUUGCUAUUGGCGGACGGGGCCAGAGGGGUGAGCCUGCUUUGUCAUCUGUGGAAAGGUACAGUAUGAAUGAAGGGUGCUGGCGCAGUGGUGUAUCCCUGCCAUAUUCAGUUCAUGGACAUGCCUGUGCCACUAUUGAAACAGGAAUCUUCAUCUCCGGUGGCAUUCAUAUCAACAACCCAGAGAGCAGCAAAGAGGUGCUCUUUCUGAAUUCUGUUGAGGGGGAUGCCUGGCAGAGACGUUGUAACAUGUCCAUUGCCAGAUUUGGCCACCAGAUGGCAACAGUGAGGGGAAGAAUUUACACCUUUUUGGGAAUGUAUGAGCCCUUCUGUGACAUUGAACGCUACAGUCCUGAGCAAGACCAGUGGACCCGUCUAAAGCCCCUACUGAAUGACCGCUUCUGUUAUGGUUUGACCGCAACAGGGGGCAAACGUGUGCUUAUGUUCGGAGGCAGGAAAUGGCAGGAAGGACAGGAGGUGUGUACAACAAAUGUGCUGGAGUAUGACACGGAAUAUGAUGCCUGGAGGGAAGUGUGUAAACUACCAAGGCCCUUGUGUGGUAUUCAGUGUGCCAUAAUGACUCUUCAAGACCCUCCAGAGACCUAAAAGUCAAUUACAAACACCAUCCCACAUACACACAGACAAACAGAUGGCUGUCAUGGGGCAGAAAGAGUUGAAGGACAAGGGUAUUCUUUGUAUCAUGGAUACAUGGAUUGUAAAAUGGAAAACAGGAUUCUAUUUACCCAGAUACAGAAGACCUUGGUGGGUGUAAAAUGCUGUCAAGUGUGUUUUACAGCAAGCAGUAAGGAGCUCCUGAAAGUAGGUCACUAUGAAUAGGGUAGAGAAAGUCAUGACAUUGAUAGAUGACUUGUCAUAAAGACUUUCUCCUGAAAAAUGGCAUAGUUCCUGUAUGGAAAAGGACAGAACUAAAGAUGACAUUUCAGACUGCUGCACACCCAGGUCACUGCAUCUUGAAAGGCACGAAGAAAGGACAAACAGAAAAGCAAUCUAGAUAAGGACAAAUAAAAACAGACAUAAAUUAUACACUUGAAGACCAGUGUGGACAAGAUUUGACUAUUUGGCACUGUGUGAAGAUCAAAGGUGACAGCCAUAAUGUCUUAUGACAGAGGGACAGCUGCCAUGAACGCUGGAUACAGACUGUGGAUAGUUGAAAAGACAGCAGUUAAAUUGAAUGAGGGUACACUCACAGACGCUGUGAAAGAAAGCCAAAUUAGACCAUUGAUUUGGAAGGGAACAUGGGAAGUCAAAGCAGGCAAGGACAAGUAUCAAGACUACUGAGUGUGUGUGGGAUACAGACAAGCCAAAGGAGGAUGGGGAGAUUUUUACUGAGCAAUGAUAAACAAAACUUCAUAGACGUGUAUAUCUAACAGCUCAAAAGUCAGGCCCUGCAUGGAAAUCUAUUCCCAGUCACAGAUAAUAUAGUGUGACUAGAAAACCAAUAUAAUUAAGAUGAACUGCAAAUAGCGAACUGCAGUAAUCUAGCAAAACAGUGCAAUAUAACAUCAACAGUAGUAAAUAGGCUGGAUGAUAUGUCAAAAAUUCAUAAUAUAUUAUUUUAUAAUAGUAUAUAUUUGCACAUGAAACCAUUAAAAAAAACCCCAGAUGUUUUAAUGAAAUAAUGCAUGUUUGUUUUUCACCUUCAGUAGAAGAGGUUGCAAGUAGGAUUCAUUUCUGUAAGUUCAAACUGAUUCAAAUGAAUCAAUUCAAAUCUAGGUAUCAUCCGGACCUAGUAGUAGUAGUAACAUUUUCUGUGUUGGCUUAUAAAAAAGCAAGCAGCAUUGAGUCUGUAAUGAAUGUUGACAAUUCUACAAAUGAAUCAAUGCAAAUGAGCAGCAUAAAGAGAAAUGCAUGAAUAAAAGGAUUGACUGCAUAAAA